AAGUAUACGCCACCGAUUCACGAGGCCCCCCUUUAGCGCCUGGUCUCGCCCCCAUCCCCGUUCCCUCCCGUCUCUCGUCGCACCUUCCCCAUCGCCACUUCUGUACUCUAACCCUCUCGGUAUCAAGCUACAAAGCGAUUGCAUCUCGCGUACAUGCCCAGGGCUUCUUCACCGACCUCGUCUAUCAAUUCCGCAGCCACGGUUGUGGAUGAUGCGGAUGGUUGUGCAUCGCAGCGGUUGGUGUGUACGAGCAGGUGCGGUUUUGAUGGAGGGUGGUGGAUAUACGCCUUGGAGGGAUGGGUUGAGGGAUAUGUAGGCAUGGAGUGGUAACGGGAGGAGGUCGUAGUGUGAUUUGCGAGGCGAUGGGAGGUGCUCUUAUUUUGGUGGCGUUGAAAACGUGCAUCAUGUCGGAAUGUAGGGGCUUCAAUCGAGGGCGGUUCGCUGCGAGAUUGAAAUUUUGGCUGACAGAAAGCCAUCAGUUGUGAUCGCUUGUGUGUUUCUGGUAGAGAAUUCUCGUGGUUGAUUUUGCGUGGCUGUCCGGUGAGGUCAGCGUGUGGUGUGACCUGGAAGUUCGUUCUGGGAAUAUGAAUGAUAGGCGUGAACACGCUGUUGCGACGGAAUGGAGUUUGUCAAUUGCGUGCUGUGAGCGGGAUGAUUGGGAGUUGUCUUGCUUGCACAUCCUUGUGUUAGUUGGGAAGUCGGAUUAUAUCUGGAUGUAGGUUGAGUUGGUGUUUUUGCAAUUUUCGACACUCGUUUUUUCUGUUUCCUCGUCCGUCGUUCGCACGCGUGUUGACUUUCUCACGAUGGGGAGUUUUCGGUGACUCAAAAUUAUGUUAGUUCUUGGAGAGUUUUUGUGCAGCUCACAAUCCAGUGUUGGUGCGACAGUGUGGGAUAAUUUAGGAGACGUGAACUGUUGGGAAAGUCGUGUACUAGGAUAAGGAGAUACCUACAUCGAUCGGCAUAUUUUGUUUGAAAUUCUAUUGAUCAAGGGUUGGUUCUUAACCUAUCAGCAAAGUGCGAUUAGAAGCACUAAUUAAAUUAGAAUAUCAGCUGUGACGAGUUUCCAAGAAGGCAAUGGGCUGACUAACCUCGUCAGUCGUUGCCAGGAGCGCAAGGUGGGCAUGCGCUUAGAAGGUUUAACAAUUUUUGUAAAGCAAGGCGUAGAGUGGGAUGAGGAACGAUGUCGACUAUCAUGUGCGUAGUUCCCGUGGGGGCAAAUUCAGCUCAAUCCCUUCCUCAUUUCGCACUAUAUCCAACUAUUUGCGCAGUGUCUCUGCAAAUGCGAGCAGCAUUGCUGCAUCCACCGUUCGUCAGGCUGCUGUCUCAGCAGCUUCCAGUGGAUCCCUCAAUCAUGAAGAUGAUCGUCAGCGGGAAAAGAUUCAGUGGUCAAGCUUUGACAAGCUAGAGCUUAGUUCAGGUGAGAUUCGACAAGUGCUCUUGUUGGCGUAUCCAAAUGGGUUUCAAGUUUGGGAUGUACAAGACGCGAGUAAUGUGCAUGAAUUGGUCUCACGUCGUGACGGCCCGGUCGCAUUCCUUCGUCUUCAACCAAAGCCGAUAUUUCAAGAGUCAAUUGAUGGAGGGGUAAACUUUAAGGGAGCGCGACCUCUGCUGUUAGUUGUUACUGUAGAUACAACAGGUUCGGGGAAUUCAGGUGUUGGAGGCUAUGGUGGUGGGGGCGCCUCUUUGGCUUUAGGAACCUCUCACUUCGUGCCUACGGUCGUUCGAUUCUAUUCACUUCGCAAUCAUUCUUACGUGCACACCUUGAAAUUUAGAUCGGGAAUUCAUGCAGUGCGUUGCAGCCCUCGUGUUGUUGCAGUGGCUUUGUCCACCAAGAUAUAUUGCUUUGAUGCAGAGUCACUUCAGAGCAUUUUCAGUGUGGAUACUUAUCCAUCUCCAGUACCAGCUCCAGGAUCCAGUCAUUUUGGAUAUGGUGCGAUGGCAGUUGGACCCCGGUGGUUAGCGUAUACAGCCUGCCAGCCUCUCUUGGCGACUACUGGGCGAGUGUCCCCACAGCACUUGAGCCCAUCGACUUCGCCAGCUAACGGGAAUUCAAUAGCACGUUAUGCUAAGGAUUCUAGCAAAAAUAUUGUAGCAGGAGUGGUACAUUUAGGCGACAUGAGUUUCAAGACAUUUACUAGAUACUGCUCAGAACUAAUGCCGGACGGUGGCAGCGCUUCUCCAGGAGUGGGUACUCCUAGUUGGAAGAACGGCUCUAAAGGCUAUAAUUCCUGGCAAGGUGGUCAUGCUCUCGAACCAGAGUUCGCCGGCUCGGUGAUUAUUCGCGAUGUCGUGAGCAAAACUGUAAUAGCCCAAUUUAGGGCGCACUCAAGCCCUCUGUCAGCUCUUGCUUUUGAUCCCAGUGGCACUCUCUUGGUCACUGCUUCUGUAUAUGGUCACAACCUCAAUGUGUUCCGCAUUACUCCUCCAUCGUCGAUUUCUGGCGGUUGCGGAUCUGGUGGAGACGUUAACACAUCUUUUGUACACCUUUACAAACUCUCUCGUGGAGUUACUAAUGCGGUGAUUCAGGACAUUACUUUCAGUAGCGACAGUCAUUGGAUUGCUGUUAGCUCUUCAAGGGGAACCAACCACUUGUUUGCCAUAUCUCCUUUCGGUGGAGUAGUUGGGCCACAGACGCACGCAGCAGUACCUAUUGAUGGGCUAAUUGGGCCUACUUUAACCCCAGCCCCAGUAUUCCCUUGGUGGUCUAGUACAGGGCCCGUGAACCUGAAUCAUCAAGCACUUUAUCCUCCUCCUUCUGCCAUAAGCCUCAAUGUAGUGAGUAGAAUAAAGAAUGGGAAUGGCGGAUGGAGGGGCACUGUAACUAGUGCUGCAGUGACAGCGACUGGCCGAUCCAAUGUUAUUGCAGGUGCUGUGGCUGCUAUUUUUCAUGAUGGUGGUGGAGUAGGUGUGGAGUCAGACGUAGGUGUUGGUACAUUAAAGGACCAACUUUGGAUUUUUGGCCCUACAGGGCAUCUGCUUCGGUACCUGCUGCGUCCCUCUGUAGGAGGUGACGUUGGUUACAUCAAUGGGUUGCCGCAAAUGGCUGGGAUAGGCGCACCAGGAAGUCCUGGCCUACCACAAGAGUUGAAGGUAAUUAUUGAACCUGUAGAGAAGUGGGAUGUGUCUCGUCGGCCUAACUGGGUGGAGCGGGAAGAGAGAGUUGAUGCUCAGGAUGAAGAUCACCAAGAAGCUGAAGUACGUUCAGGAAGCACAAGGAUUUCUUUAGGGACUGUAGUUAAGGAAGGCAUGACAACUAAAGAGAUGCAACGCUGGUUUAUGUCCAAUGCUGAGGUGCAAAUGCAUCAGGCUAGGCCUGUUCCCAUUUGGGCAGAAUCAAAGAUACAAUUUCAUGUGAUGCUGUCUGGGACACCGAAAGAACUCGAGAUUGACAACUGUCUCAGUGGAGACGGGGUUGAAGAGAUUGAGAUAGAAACAAUUCCUACUCGGAUUGUUGAAGUGCGAAGAAAAGACCUCAUCCCUGUUAUUGAAAGGCUCCAGAAUUUUACAAAAGUACAGGGUGCCCGGGAUAUCAUGGUAACAGAUAAUUUUCCUGGAGUUUCCAAUGCCCAUGAUCAAUUUAUUGGGGAUGAGGGUCUGCAUGACGGGUUCACAUCUGCAAAUUUGAGGGGCAUGUCCGUUCAGCGCACCAACAGCAACAGUAGCAGCAGUAGUUUUGGUUCAGAAGGUGCUCCAUUUGCUGCUAGUGCUGGUGGUAUGAACGGUUAUCAAGAUUUGCCCGAUUUGAUUACUGCAUACUCUCCAUCAUCAUUCGGUUCACCUCCAUAUUUUCGUCAAACUCAACAAGGGUUAGAGCCACCUUUGUCCGGCAGAUCCGAAUUGUCUCAUAGGCAUUUGUUAAGGUUCAAAGCUGGCUGUGCUGACCCAUAUCAGACCAGUUUCUCUCCCCAAGAGUUAACUGCAGAACCAGGUGCAGCGGUUAUGGUGUCUCCAAUUAAUAUUCCAAGGGCAGAACAGAGGGAUUUAGGAAUGUUUACAGAUUACACCAAGCCUGGCGUAUCCGUUGGGUUUUCUGCUACUGGUAAAGGUGGGAUUGUCAAUCAUGACAAGGUUGAUGGUUCAUUUGUGGGUGUAGGACCAUCAGACGCUCUCGUUGUUCAACUUAGUCAGCUUAAUUCUCAACUUGGUACCACACCAGUGAGUAAUGAUUCUGUGACUGCCACAAAACCUCAAUCCGAGAAUAUGGCUUUGAAUGAAAAUGGUGGUAUGCAGCUUAUGCGUUCUGGGGUUUCGGCAGAUCAGAAAGGCCUCUGGGACAUGAUACCUACUGGUCAGGUGGUAGCGAAUGGGUCCUUUCCACGUGAUAAUCAAUCAACUGAUAGCCCAACCACUACGUCUUCUUUGAAUCCAGAAUUUGAAGCUGGUUUCCUAAUAAAUCAGUGUAGAAGUGGCGUUGUAAGUGGCAGUCCCUUAGAUGAAAGUCCUGUAGUUGGAGACAUAGUUGGGAUGGCUGAAGAUGGUGAAAGUGAGGAUACAGAAGGUGUUCACAGUAAGAGUGAGGAUAACGAGAAUGCAGAGCGAGGAGAUGAUGCGUGGGAGGGUUCAAUGUUUCCUUUUUGUGAAGAUUGCUAGGUUGGGGGAUGUUCUUCCAUUCUGGUCUCGAGUGAUAGACCAGGCUCGAAUCGCCUAUUGACCUAGCACAGUCCUUAUCUUUGGCGGAGGUUUGCUUCUUUUAUUAUUCGCUUUCGGACUUGGCAGCUUUUUUUGAAGGUCAAGAAUGCUGGUUUGGACAUAUACAAGUUAUUCUCUGGUUUGCAUUAUCUGAAGAUAUGAGGUGCUCCUAUUUCAAGGUUGACAAUAGAAUUAUGUAAGGAGAUGCCCUAGCCGACGGGUGGACUCCUGCAUCUUACAACAAUUCCUAUUCGGAUUCUUGAAGAUAAUGCUUAGAAUCGGGAGUUUAAUUUGCGCACUUAUGACAUUAUUCGAGGGUUAUUUGUAGUUUACUGGGUGUAAAAUAAAGCCAGGCAACUCCCUUGGCUCAAAAUGGGAAAAAAAAUCGAAAAUAAUUCUGGAAAAUCUGUGAUUUCUCAUGUAGGAGGAAUCUGGGAAGGUACCGGAGGUAAUUCAAUGUUUUAUAAGUAGGGUGAAGCGAACUCGCUUGAUUAUGAGAUUUUUAAGCUUUGAAGAUGAGCAGGAAAAGACUUGAAAAAUGUAAAAAUUAUGUAAGGAGCACAGGGUAGUGUGAGGGUUGUGGCAACUGGUGCUUCUGCCUUCAUUUCUACCUUUGUACAUUUUGUGUAAAGAAUUCACUUCAUUUCUGCACCA